AGGUAUGGCUAAAUAUGUAUGUCUUUCCUUGAAAGUUGAUUUUUUGAGAAAAAAUUGUGGGUUUAAGGUUAUUUUGUCUUAAAUUAUCUAAUGAAAAAAUUUUUGCACAAAAAAUUGCUUCUUCUGGUAGAUAUAAUUAUUCUGGAAAGGUUAAAUAUGGGGACAAUAAAGAACAGGGCAGUGCCAUAAUAUCCCAUUCCGCUGACAAUUUAAUAUUCAUCCUGAAAACUUAAGAGAUAAAAUUUAUCUUAGAAAAAUAAUUUUCUUUACACUGAACUUUUUAGAAAUUGCCUGCUGAUGUGAAUUUAAACUUGCCCUGUAAUCUUGGGGAAAGUUUACAUGUAGGUGUAAUUCCAGUAAGGGCCAAUAGGUGGUACCAAACCACUUCUAAGGCGUUGCUUUACGUAAAUUUCAGGACCUGGUUUUUCAAGCACGUACUUUUCCGUGCAUUUAGAGGUUACUUUCUCUUCUGAAAAAUAGAAGUAGAUCUUGGCCUCAAACCAGAGAGUUCUGAAGAGCAGCUACCCUUCAGAACCACCACUGCAUCAUGACCCAAGACAGAGAACCUGUUUUCAGAAUCUUUCUUUUAGUUUGCCUCAUGGCUUUAAUAGUUGGAACCAUAACUCAGAUCUGUGAAGAAAGUGAAUUUCAAGUGUGCAUGUCAAAAAAUAACCUUACUCAUGUUCCAAAAAACCUGCCACCAACAACCAAAAGCUUAGAUAUAUCUCAAAACCACAUAUCUGAACUUCAGAUCUCUGACAUCAGCUUUUUGUCAGGGCUCAACAUUCUGAAACUUUCCUAUAAUAGAAUCCAGAGACUUGAUUUGCGUGUUUUCAAAUUCAAUCAAGAUUUGGAGCAUUUGGAUUUAUCUCAUAAUCAGCUGCAAAAGAUGUCCUGCUACCCUGUGGUGAGUUUGAAACAUUUAGACCUCUCAUUCAAUGAUUUUGAUGUGCUGCCCAUCUGCAUGGAAUUUGGCAACCUGACACAACUCAGUUUCCUAGGACUCAGUGCUGUGAAGUUUCAACAAUUAGAUCUGCUACCAAUUGCUCACUUGAACCUAAAUUACCUUCUUCUGGUUUUGGGAGAUAGUUAUGUGGAGGAAAAUGUAAGAGAGAAUCUUCAAAUUCUGACUACAGAAACACUUCACUUGGUUUUUCACCCAAAUAGUUUCUUCUCUGUCCAGGCAAACAUAUCAAUUAAUACUUUAGGGUGCUUACAACUCAGUAAUAUUAAACUGAAUGAUGGGAAUUGUCAAGUUUUUGUUGAGUUUUUAUUAGGACUCACUAGAGGUCCAACAUUAUUGAAUCUUACUCUCAAUCAUAUGGAAACCCCUUGGACUUGCUUGGUUAGGAUUUUUAAAUACCUUUGGCCCAGACCUGUGGAAUAUCUCAACAUUUACCAUUUAACAAUAGAUGAAAAGGUUGAAGAUGUACAGUUUAUUUAUCCUAAUACAACCUUGAAAUCCUUGAAACUAGAACAUAUUACAAAGCGAGUUUUUCUUUUUUCACAGACAGUAUUAUACAGAGUGUUCUCGGAGAUGAAUAUUAUGAUGCUAACCAUAUCAGACUCACCUCUGGUUCACAUGCUGUGUCCUAAUGCACCCAGCACAUUUACGUUUUUGAACUUUAGCCAAAAUGUGUUCACAGAUAGUGUUUUUGACUCCUGUUCCACUUUAGUGAAGCUACAGACACUUAUCUUGCAAAAGAACAGUUUAAAAAACCUUUUCAAAGUAAGCCUUAUGACUAAAAAUAUGACAUCCUUAGAAAUACUGGACGUUAGCUGGAAUUCACUAGGAUCUGAUGCACACAGAGAAGACUGCACUUGGAUUAAGAGUAUAGUGGUGUUAAAUUUGUCUUCAAAUACACUUACUGAUUCUGUAUUCAGAUGCUUACCUCCCAAAGUCAAGGUACUUGAUCUUCACAACAAUAGAAUAACGAACAUCCCUAAGGAUGUCACCGCUCUGGAGUCUUUGCAAGAACUCAAUGUUGCUUUCAAUUCUUUAGCCGACCUUCCCGGAUGUGGCACCUUCCGCAGCCUUUCUGCACUGAUCAUUGACCAUAAUUCUAUUUCCCAUCCAACAACUGAUUUCUUCCAAAGCUGCCAGGAGAUGAGGUCAGUGAAAGCAGGCAACAACCCAUUCCAGUGCACAUGUGAGUUAAGAGAAUUCAUCAAAAAUAUGGACCAAGUGUCAAGAGAAGUGGUAUGGGACUGGCCUGAUUCUUACAAGUGUCACUAUCCAGAAAGUCAUAAGGGAAUCCUGCUGAAGGACUUCCACGUGUCUCCACUAUCCUGCAAUAAAACUCUGCUUAUCAUUACGAUUGUGACCACUGUGCUGGUGUUGGCUGCUAGCGUGACCUUCCUGUGCUGCUAUUUCGAUCUGCCCUGGUAUGUCAGGAUGAUGUGUCAGUGGACCCAGACGCGGCGCAGGGCCAGGAACGUCCCCUUAGAGGAGCUCCAGAGAAAUCUUCAGUUUCAUGCUUUUAUUUCAUACAGUGGACACGAUUCUGCCUGGGUGAAGAAUGAAUUACUACCAAACCUUGAAAAAGAAAAUUUACAGAUCUGCCUCCAUGAGAGGAACUUUAUUCCUGGCAAGAGCAUUGUGGAAAAUAUCAUCACUUGCAUUGAGAAGAGUUACAAGUCCAUCUUUGUUCUGUCUCCUAACUUUAUCCAGAGCGAGUGGUGCCAUUACGAACUCUACUUUGCCCACCACAAGCUCUUCCAUGGAGGGUCUGACAACUUAAUCCUAAUCUUGCUGAAACCCAUUCCAGAGAACAACAUUCCUAGGAAUUAUCACAAGCUGAGGGCUCUCAUGGCACAGCGGACUUACCUGGAAUGGCCGACAGAGAAAAGCAAACAUGGACUUUUUUGGGCUAACAUUAGAGCUGCUUUCAAUAUUAAGUUAACACUGGUCACUGACAAUGAUGAGGUGAAACUUUAAAGUGAGGAAACCCAACUUAAGAGAGCUAGACUCUGAUGAGCACGAUGGUUCUAAGUUACACGUGGAGGGGCUUCCAUUUGUUUUUCAUAUUUGUUUUUCCAUUUGUUUUUCAUCUGGGGAAGAGUUCAUGAAAACCUUAUUCCACCUGAGCUGGGGAAUUGGCCUGCGAGUGAAGGUGCUUAUUUUGCACAUGAGCUACAGCUCAUUCUGGUUUAACUAUUUCUUUUCACAUUGAAAUAGCCAUUUCUGAGUAAUUGCUCAGUCUUCCAGAGAGAUUUCCUUUCUCCCCUUUCUUUCCCAACUGGAUUCUGUGUGAUCAAGAGCCUGUGUAGCUUCAGGUCAGGAAGAAAUGAAUCAAGAUCAGAAUUGGCUCAUGGUCCUUUGGUUGAGCCAUGGAUUUCAUUGGCCUCUGUGUGAGCUUUAUUAUCCUGCUCAGCUUGGGGCUUGAGGGAAAAAAUUAUUCUUGUGUUGGAAUAUAAGAAAGCAUGUUUUUUCCAAAUCUGGGUAAUAGUUUUAAUUUUUUGAUCCUGAUACAAAGAUGUGACUAUCCAGUGGAGACUCAUGGCAUAAAAACGUAUGUAUAUAAAGAGAAAUAAAAGAUAUGGGUGUACUUGCUUCCCAAGGAAAUGUGGGGCCAAACUUAUUCAUAUGUGUAACUACAUAUUGAAUGGGGUUUUUCUUGUUACUUAGAAUUCGAGCUCAUGCCCAGAGGUAGCCUGGACACUUCCACUUUGGUUAAACCACUGUAGUUUGGAUUCCUCUGAUAGAGCAUCUUAUUCUAUACCCUUAGGAACACAGACAUCUGUUACACAGAAUAAUGGACAAUGGACAGCUCCCCUCUGAUGACAGGACCUGUGUGUCCCCCACUGCGACCUGGAACAGAGCACCUGCCAUCCCAAGCCACUGCUGUCUCUUACCUGUACAAGUGUCAAAUGGCCUUUUCACUGACCUCCUUGCCCCUACACUUGCCACCAUGGCAAUCAGAGUGAUUUAAGGUGUACAUUAUACUAAACAUUCCCUGCUUAAAACCUUCAAAUGACCUACCUUCCCUAGUAAUGGGAUAAAAGUCAAACCUUUCCUGGUGGCCAGGACCUGUCGUGAUCUGCAUUUCUCCCCUGAACUCGCCUGUCUCCCCUGUCCCUCUUGCCCUCCCUCUUGUCCCUGUUGCUUCUGGAUGCUCUGAAGGCUUCACACUGGCUUCCACCUGGGUCACCAGUGCUCUUGGUGGGAGCCAUUUUCCAGAGCCAGUGUAGCUGUCCUCACCAUUAGCAACUCACUCGGAUACCACCGGGGCAGGGAGCCCUGUUGUCCUCUGGUGGCCUUCACAGCACUCUGUGCACUUAUCUUUUUCCUGCUUUCCUCCACUCACUGUAAGCACAAGAAAAUGGGAACCUACUCGAGAGUUCACUGCUACUCCUCAGUGUGUGACCCACAGCAAGUAGACAGUUGUUGUAGUCAGGGGUUGUAAGGAGAACGAGAUGAUACAGGACACAUAAUUUAUAGUAUUAUUUUUGGUAGUCAGGGUCAAAUACAAGAAGUAAAGAAAAUUAAGUCCUGAGGAAAAUCCAGACCUCGGUUAGAUCCAGAGUGACAAGCUUCUCCUGGAGAUUGAACAGCGUAACAUCUUCCCCUCUGGAGCCCAGAAGCAAUGCUCAAAAUAAGGACCAAAGAUCCCCCAAAGUGAACCGCAGCUAUUCUCAGCAACAAGGUCAUGAGCUUCUUCGAUGAUAACAGCCAAGUUCAUAUUAGGGGAGCCAGCACGACCAGCGCCUCCAGGAGAACCAACAACCCCCACAACAACACCACUUAGGAGAUCCCACAAUGCUACUCUUUCUCUCCAGGUCUCCUUUUUAUACUGACAACAGUUCUCAGGUGAGCAUUCUACACUCAGCACCGCACUGAUUCAGUUCAGCUGGUGUUUAAGUUGACCACCAGUUACUAGUCCACUACAACCGUGAAAACCUGCAUGAACAAACAGCCCCAACUGGCCUCAGUGUCAUCACAGUCCUCGAUUUUACUCUAAAGGACCUUGUGGGCCUGGUGCAGCUGGACCGUGGUGGGUGGGCCCUGGCAGGGUCUGCACCGAGCACUUGUUGACCCCGGUGUCCCUGGCCCACUGCUACCUGGAGAGCUGACCUUGGCCUCGAGCACUGGCCAGUUGUGUUCUCCACUGAGGGAUCUGCACUCCUUUCUGCAGCCACUUAAGGAGGUACCAGGACCUCAGGUUUAACCUGAAGCUGGGAGAGAAGUGGGGGCCUUGUUGGGGAGCCCUUGAUUGCCCCCCUGGGGCUCCUCCCUUGCCUGGACCAAGAGCCCUUUUGUUUUAAAGAUCCUAAAAAGGUACACUUAUUUGAUCAGUUCAGACACUGUAUUCAGGGAUUUAAAUAUCACAUUAUACCUCAUAAAUAUGUACAACUUUCAUGUAUUACAAAUUGUUUUAAAAUGCGUAUCUGGAGAGAGGAGGGGGAGAAGAUAAAGAAUUGCGAGGUGUUAUAUGUAUAUACCAACUCUCUAGGAUGGAUUUACGUUUACUAUAUACUGCAAACGUGUAUGAAUAAAUAUAUAUGGGGAAUAAAAAAAAUAUAUCUCAAAAUUGCUCAAAUAGAUUUUUAAACACUUACUGCAAAAAAAUGAUAAGUAUGUGAGGUAGUGAGUAUACCAAUUAGCCUGAUUUAAUUAUUCCCCAAUGUUAUAUACAAUAACAUCAUGUCAUACCCCAUAAAUAUGUGUAUUUGUUAUUUGUCAGGAAUAAAAAUUUAAAUGCUAAAAAA